AACGAAGGAUGGCAAGUCGCAUACCUCAAAAGACCCUACAAUUUUGGCAGCCCAAAACCCAUAUAUUCAUAUCAUCCCCGAAAUUGGUUCUACAAAACACCAGACCUUGUGGGAGAAAGUUUUCAACAUGUUCAACGAUAUCACUGCUCCAAUUGCCAUUGUAGGCGUUUCCUACCGCGCUCCUAGUGUUGGGAGGAAAGACCUAUGGGAAUACUUGGCCGAAGCCAAGUCUGCUUGGACGAAGAUGCCUGCUGACCGAUUUUCUCACGAAGCCUACUACUCAGGAGCGGAGGGGGUUAGCCGGGCAGGCUGCUUCCAGACCGAGGGAGCACAUUUCGUGCCAGACGACAUCUUUAGAUUUGAUGCUGCAUUCUUCAACAUGAGAGCUGAGGAAGCUCAGAACUCAGAUCCUCAGCAUCGAAUGAUGCUCGAGUGUGCCUUAGAGGCGGCGGAAAGUGCAGGACAGAGUCUUCUUGACUUGGCGGGCAAGAAGAUUGGUGUCUUUGUAGGAUGCACAGGAGGGGAUUACGCACAGCGACUCUCUGAGGAUCUCUACAAAACCUCAACCUUCUCGGCUACUGGGCUUGCACCGUGUAUGCUCGCCAAUCGUCUCUCCUACUUUUUCGACGUUACUGGACCAAGUGUUGCCCUGGAUGCCGCGUGCGCAUCCAGCACUUAUGCGGCACAUCAGGCAUGUCAGGCCAUUCGAAAUGGUGAAUGCGAAGCCGCAUUUGUGGGAUCAGCAAUGUUGUCCUUGAGUCCUAGUUUGUGGAUCACACUGGAAAAGAUGGGAGCCCUGUCACCGGACGGUAGAAGUUACUCUUAUGAUGAGAAAGCCGCGGGUUUUGGCCGUGGUGAGGGUGCUGCUUGUUUGUUGAUCAAGCGCCUAGAUCAUGCAAUUCGUGAUGGUGACCCAAUCCAUACACUGAUUCGCAGUUCUUCUUGCAAUCAUUCCGGUCGAUCGGAAGGUAUUACAAUGCCUAGCGGGAAAGCUCAACAAGUACUGCUCCGUGAGGUCCAUGACGUCGUUGGUCUCAACCCUGUACAUACGCCUGUGGUUGAGGGCCAUGGAACUGGUACUCAAGCUGGUGAUCCCAUCGAGGCUGGCGGCUUCGCGAACGUCCUCGCCAAGGACCGAACACAAGCAAAUCCGCUGUACAUUGGAUCUAUCAAGUCUAAUUUUGGACAUUUGGAAGGGGCUAGUGGCAUUCUCGGAAUGAUCAAGGCGGUCCUGAUGCUCCAAAAGGGGAUCAUUUUGCCUACCGCAGGAUUCGAGAAGUUCAACCAGAAGAUUCAAGGCAGGGAAAAAUUGAGAGUACUGACGAGCCCGACCCCUUGGCCAGCAGGGGAGCCAAAGCGAGUCAUCGUAACCAACUUCGGUUUCGGCGGCAGCAAUUCUGCAGUUCUUCUUGAGUGCGCUCCGUCAUCUGCUGUGCUUGCCAACGGACUUGCCAACGGACUUGCCAACGGACUUGUCACAAACGGCAUAAAACUUGAAAAGCGACUAUUUGUGCUUUCCGCCAAGACUGCAACGAGUCUUACGUCCUAUUUAGCAGCUUUCCAGAAGUUCCUAGAAAAGGCUCCUCAGACCAGCGAAUUUGCCAAGGAUCUUAGUUACACACUUGGACAACGCCGAACACACCACCCAUAUCGUGUUGCAGCAACAGCCGAUUCGGUAGAGAGUUUGAGAGAGAAACUGUUAACUACCAAGCCCAACAAAGUAUCAGAUCGUGUCAUUGCCUUCGUCUUUACUGGUCAAGGUGCUCAGUGGGCGCAGAUGGACGCUGGACUGUCACACUACAAAGCCUUUACCACUGCCAUUUCCCAGGCUGAAGCCCAUCUCCAAUCACUCGGAGCGUCUUGGUCUUUGACAGUGGAGCUGGCCAAGCCAGCAUCUCUAUCUCGUGUCAAUGAUCCCGAGAUCAGCCAGCCGGCGUGUACUGCCAUCCAACUUGCUUUGGUGACCCUGCUCAAGAGCUGGGGAAUUACCGCGACUACGGUCACAGGACAUUCGUCCGGAGAGAUUGGUGCUGCGUUUGCUGCAGGUCUCAUCUCCUUCAAAGCAGCUAUCGCCAUCGCAUACUUUCGUGGCCAAGCAGGUGCUCAAUUAGUCCGAGAGCAAAGGCAGAAAGGAGGCAUGCUGGCUCUUGGCAUCGGCGAAGAAGACGCAAACAAGCUGAUCGAGCAACAUGCAAAGGGAUACGCGACCGUUGCCGCUAUCAACAGCCCACAGAGCGUCACUGUCUCGGGUAACGUCUCCUCCAUCGAGAAUCUUCACAAGGCCGCGGAUGGUCAGGGCUUGUUUGUUCGUAGGCUCAAGAUUGAGGUUGCAUAUCAUUCCAAGCAUAUGGAGGCUGUUGCGGCCUCUUACCUUGAAUUUAUCAAGCCUUUCUGUGAGGAGGAUGCUCCAUUCAUCAAUAAGGAUAACAUUAGUGAAGUGUUUGUGUCUUCUGUCACAGGAAAGGUAGUCAGUCCAUCUACUCUCCACGCCUCUUACUGGGUGAAGAACCUUCUCCAAUGCGUCAGGUUUGCGGAUGCGAUUGGGACCAUUUUCACACCACAGAAAGAUGGCAAGAAAUCGCCGAACGUCAUCGUGGAGAUCGGUCCUCAUCCAGCAUUGAAGAAUCCGAUCAAGCAGACCGUAGAUAUCCUUCGUCAGCAAGGCGACGGACGUCCAAUUCCGUUCACCUACCUUUCUACCUUGGCACGUGACACAGACGGUGUUGAAGCAUUGCUCGACCUUGCCGGCAGUUUCUUCACCAUGGGACCUACAGUCAAACUAGAAGAGGUCAAUCAAACUAAUCGGAAGAACUCUCACGUCCUCAUCGAUCUCCCGGCAUAUGCAUGGGACAAGUCCGUGGCUUACGAGAUGAAGACAAAGAACUCUGAAGACAAGAUGCAUCCUGGGGAGCCUUACCAUACGCUUCUUGGAAGAAAGGUUCCGUCCAAUGGGGCCAAUGAGCGUGUUUACAGACAGGUCUUCACUCUCGACGAAGUACCUUGGAUCCGAGACCACAAUGUCGCCGGCACUGUUGUCUUCCCAAUGACUGGCUACUUGUCCUGCGCUAUUGAGGCUGUGAGAAGAACAGUUUCCAGUCCUCCGGCUGCUAUUGUCCUCCGGGAUGUUAAUGUUGUUCGGGGCCUUGAGAUUGGAGAAGAAGAGACUGUUGACAUGUCGACAAAGAUUAAGCCUGCCGCUACCGGGACAGGAGGAUUUUCGAAUACGGCUUGGUCAUUUGAGGUUGCGACUUGGGGAGAGCAAAAUGGAUGGACUGUCCAUUGCUACGGCCAAAUCGAACCGGAGACGACCGAGAUGACCACGGGAAGUCCAACAUUGAAAGACUCCCUUCCUCUCAUCAAUUCCAAGGACAUGGUAGAGCACGAUCCACAACUUGAGUACACCCUUGCUGCAGAGGCAGGAGCCACACGCUAUGGCCCAACAUUCCAAAGCACGGUCAGGUUCUUCGAAGGCAAAAGCUUCACAGUAAUCGAAACCCAGCUGCGUGACCUUUCCCCAAACCUGCCGACUUCCUAUGGGUCGUCUGUUUCUGUUGAUCCGCCGACACUAGACGGAUUCCUUCAAGGUGGUGGUCCUCUUCAAUUGGUCGAUGGAAAGAGACCUACGCAGAUGCCCAACUAUAUCAGUCGACUCCGAGUCUCCAACAAUAUGCCGAAUGCUCCCAACUCGCGGUUCACCGUCGUCACUCGCCUGCUGGAUUACGAUUAUAAGGGCGGCCGCAUGUAUAUCAGUAUAGCUGUCUAUGAACAAGGUUCUUACAAGCCAGUAUUCGAAUGCGAGUCGAUGACAUUCCGUACUAUCUCAUCUGGCGAGUCCGAAGACCUAGCCACAGCCCUUCCAGGCAACUGGUGUUGGGAGGUAUUGCCUAGUUUCGAUUUAUUACCUCAUGGAGAGCUGAACAAGAUGUUCUCUGUCGGCAGUCUGGGUAAGGAUCUGAAAGAGCGUCGAGACAUCUUGUAUAAGACUGCCUGCUACUACAUGAACAAAGCGUUGAAAGAGACUGCGCAUGAAGACUAUUCCAAGCUACCGCACCACUACUCUCACUUUUGCCGGUGGGCUCGCAGAACUAUUGACCGAGAGAAUUUUGACCUCAGUGGUGAUCAAUCGGCGUUGCUGAAGCAGGCAUACCAUUUUGACGCCCCAGGAGAGUUGCUCUGCAAGGUCGGCGAACAGCUCGUACCAAUCUUGCAUGGAGAAGUCCAACCGCUCGAGAUCAUGCUCAAAGAUGGCCUACUCACUCGCUAUUACGAGGCUGAUCAAGACAACGCGCGUUGCAGUAAGAUGUUGGGCGACUGGGUUGUCCAUCUCUCCGAUCUCGAGCCCGACUUGCGCAUCCUAGAAAUUGGAGGUGGAACUGGCGGUACGACAAUGCACGUGCUGGAGGCGCUUUCACGCGACAGAGAUGAGUUGGCAAUCCUCAACUACACUUUCACCGAUAUCUCAUCUGGAUUCUUCGAGGGUGCUCGCACUAAGUUAGCUAAGUGGUCGCAAAAGAUGACGUACAAGAAGCUCGACAUCAGCCAGGAUCCAGUGCAGCAAGGCUUUAGGCUCAAAGACUAUGAUCUUGUUAUCGCCUCCAACGUUUUGCACGCCACUCCGAAUAUGAUUGAUACCAUGAUUAACGUACGAAAAUUGCUGAAGCCCAAAGGCAAGAUCCUCUUGCUAGAGGGUCGGACUCAUCCACCCCCAACGCUGCCAUUUGCCCUGCUUCCUGGUUGGUGGUAUGCUGAGGAUGAUUACCGUGACCACGAGGAGGGACCUCUUAUAACAGUCGACAACUGGAACCGCCUCCUGAAAGACACCGGUUUCUCUGGUCUCGAGGCUUACAUCCAAGACUAUGCCGGUCCUCCCGACCAGAUGCUCAGUGUCAUGUGCUCGAUAAAUACCGGUAAACAAGCUGGCAAUCAACAGAUUACCGUCUGUGGACCUUUCGUUGAUAAUGAGGAAGUGGAAUUUGCUCAGACUGUGGCCGACGCUAUCGCAAAGAAACUUGAAUGCCCAACUAAGGUCAAGCCCCUUGCAGAGAUCGACCCUGCGGAUGACCCGUACUGCGUUUUCAUCGAUUCUCCACGCAACAGUCAACUGGCCAACGUUACCCAAGAGAAAUUUGAUGCUUUGCAGAAGUUGCUGUUGCACAAUACAGGGAUGUUAUGGGUGAUCCCAGAAGGUGGUCCCCCAGAAUCCACACAGAUCAAAGGCAUGCUCGCCACAAUUCGUCUCGAACUCGAGCCAAAGAACUUGCUCUGGUUCGAUAGAGUGCCUUUGACAUCCGAGGGCGCCUUAGCUAUCACCAGGCUUGCCGGAAAAUUGAGAGAUCCCGAGUCGAUUGCCGGUGAGGACUUGGACUUUGUUUGGAAUAAUGGCUCGAUUCAUCUCCUUCGUAUCAGGCAAAUGAUGGAAGUGAAGGAACAAUACGCCGCAGAGCACAACGUCCGCACUCGAAAGGUGCAGAACAUUUGGGAAGGUAAUCAUGCGCUUGAGAUGACGGUGGACCUUGCAGGUAGUCCCGACUCCAUCUACUUCCGUAGGACCGACGUCCUGUCUCAAGAGGUAGGCGAGGAAGAGGUUGUGGUCAAGGUCGAAGCUGCCGGAGUGAGCUUCCGUGAUCUUCUUCUGGUACUGGGUUCUAUCCCUUGGACUACUCCUGGAUUCGAGGGUGUUGGUGUGGUCGAAAAGACUGGCUCUAAGGUGUCAGGCUUGAAGGCAGGAGACCGCGUUUUCUACGGCACACUCGGAGGUGGCAGUUUGGCGACCUAUAUCAAAAUGCCAUCUUGGUGUGCCUACAAAAUUCCGGAAGGUAUAAGCAGCGUGGAUGCCGCAAGCAUACCAGUUGCGUACAUUACUGCCUAUGUAGCACUCAUUCGCAUUGCCCGACUGAAGAAGGGAGAAUCUGUUCUCAUCCACGCUGCAUCCGGCGCAGUUGGCCAAGCAUGCGUCGUGCUCGCACAGCACCUGGGAGCCGAAAUCUUUGCUACUACUAGUACUCCGACCAAGAGGGAGUUCUUGGAGAAGACUUUUGGAAUUCCCAAGGAGAACAUCUUCUCAAGUCGUACGCCGAAGUUCAGAGAUGGCAUAAUGUGUGCAACAAACAACAAAGGAGUCGACGUGGUUGUCAACUCUCUUACCGGGAACCUUCUGCAGGAAACUUGGGCCCUGAUCGCAGACUUUGGCCACUUCGUGGAGAUUGGAAAGAGGGACUUCCUUGCCAACAGCCACUUGGGAAUGAAGCCAUUCGAUCGCAAUGUGACUUUCAGUGGUGUCGACCUUCGCACAUUCUGGGACAAGAAACCAGAAUAUCUCAAAGAUUGUAUGUCGGAGGUUGUUGAUCUACUUCACCGCAAGAUUGUUGUACCUAUCAGACCAGUGACUACAUUACCUGUCUCUCAGUUCACGACGGGUCUUCGCAAGCUCCAAUCUGGUCAAAAUUUAGGCAAGAUUGUCGUCACCUUCGGCCCGGAUGAACGCGUUCUGGCCGAGAGUGCCCUAUCACCACAAGAGAUGAAGCUGUCCCGCAACGCAACAUAUUUAAUUACUGGUGGAACCAGAGGUAUUGGUCUUUAUUUGGCGUCUUGGUUAAUUGAAAAUGGAGCCUACAAUGUCAUCGUUCUCGGUCGUAGCGGUGCUACUGGUGCCGAAGUCCAAAAGUUCUUGAAGCAACACAAAGGUACCGACGUUAUCGUGAGAGCUCUUGCUUGCGAUAUCAGCUCGAAGAAGGGACUUCAAAACGUUCUGGCGUCGAUCAAGGACCUUCCUCCAGUUCGUGGUGUCAUACACAGCGCACUUUUCCUCAACGACGCAUUCUUUGAGAACGCUACGUAUGAGGACUGGAAGAAUAUCAAUGGACCUAGGGUCCAGGGUGCAUGGAAUCUUGAUGAGCUAUUGCCAGACCUCGACUUCUUCGUUGCUCUCUCCUCGUUUCUCGGAGAUACUGGUAAUGUCGGACAAUCUAUCUACGGUGGUACUGCAUCUUUCUACGAUGCUUUCUCCAAAUCUCGCAACGCCCGCGGCCAAAACACCGUUUCCAUUGCCUUGCCAGUCGUUGUGGAUGUCGGUUAUGUCGCUGAUCGCGAUCUCACCGCUAGUUUAAAGGCCACGCUUGGUGGCACUCUCACAAUGGCCGACAUCUGCACUAUCGUGAAGAACGCAAUUAUUGGACAGUACAAUCCGAUGAAGUUUCAUUCUGAUGGCAAAGCAAUUGCAUUCAAACUCUACCUCGGAGGCGAGUCCGUAGUCAAUCUCCCAUGGAAAUACUUCCACCCUGUCAAAAUCAGAGAACUUCUGAAUGCCGAGCAACACAAGAAAGAGACUAGUUCAGGCGGAGGUACUAAUAAUUAUUCUUCGUGGACUUCCGCUUCUGAUCCUCUCACUGGCCUGAUUGAAGCUCUAAUCACUAAGGUUUCUGUCAUGACUAUGAUUGAGCGAGAUGAAGUGGACCCCGAUGCUCCUCUUAUUCAUUUUGGUUUGGAUUCUCUUGUGUCAGUCGAAUUGCGAAACUGGAUUCGAAGGGAAACGAGUGUUGAGUUGGCGUUGACUACUAUUACACAUGCAGCGAAUUUGAGAGCUCUUGCGAUGGAUAUUCUUGCGAAGAGGGAGAGGGGCUUGAAAGUGGUUAAUGGCACAUGAUAGGAUAGACUGAAAUAUCGCAGGAAAGGUAUAACGAAAUUUGAUAAAUUUACGAGAGUAAUAAACUUAGUAUAUUUCAACCCCU